AUGUCUUCACCUCCAUUGAGAGACUUGUUGCUUUUGUUCCUAUUCUCGACUUUUUUUGUUUGCGGUGCUUCAAAGCCAACAAGUUAUCCCAACAAGAAUGGGGAGCAGGCCAAGCAUAAACGGGCCAGUCUCAAUGUUUUAAAGACUACCGUUACCGAUACACAAACAAUCGACUGGAUCUCACUUGAUUCUCAGGGGGAAAUUGCACAGGCGCCACCACCACGAACGCCACGAAAUACUCCCAGGCCUUUAGCAGAACUCGAGCUACCAGGAGCUGAGUUGGGGCCUCCAGGCACUGUUCCAGUUUCACGGGCCGAUCCGGAUUAUCUGGCCAAGGCUAGCGCAAAAGAAUUACCUGGAACGCAAUCCUUGAAGAGACAGAGUUCUAAUGCGGGCGUGCAUUGGUACGUGUCGUCUAACCAAACUGUGGACAAUAUCGGUGGCUCGUGUGUUUUCAGUCUUUUUGCUCCAUUUACAGAACGAACUGCGGACUUCUCCUUGCUACAAACUGCGGUGACUAGACAAAAUGUCCUGUGGACCGGAGGCCGGGGUCCGCCAACGCCUAUAACGCAGACUGUAGAGGCAGGAUGGAUCAAUUUCAUUGACCAGGUGGCACAACCGCAUCUCUUCACCUUUUACACCACAAAUGGUUACAUCAGAGAUGGAGAUAACCAGGGCGGAUGGAACACGGAGCACACAGGCUGGGUCCAGGUCGACCCGACAAUACAUCCUGGUUCGGUUUUUACACCUCUCAGUACGGACGGUGGUGCUCAAAACAACCUAAAAAUUGAAUAUGCUCUCUUUCAAGAUCACUGGUGGCUUGGGGUAGAGGAUCGCUGGAUUGGAUAUUAUCCUGCAUCACUGUUCAGCAGUAUAAGCUCGGAUCCUGCCAGCACGACCCUGGCCGGAGGUUCAGACAGCAUCCACUAUUAUGGCGAGGUCUUUAAUAGUGAAGAAACGCUCACCACUACUGACAUGGGAAGUGGGCAAUUUGCCAACACGGGCUAUGGACACGCUGGUUAUAUUCUUAAUAUGACCUACACCAACACGAACAACGUUAGUACGCCAUACAAUGCCGUAUUUACAGACACGGAUGUUACACGAUACACCCAUGAGGCUCACUUGUUGAGUGGGACUGAUAUGGGAAGCUAUGCAUUUAUAGGCGGUCCAGGUGCUGGUGGGGUUGUUGGUGGAUAG